GAGAAACGCGAUACCAGUGACACCUUAUAUUGGCUUGGGAAAUCAUUGUAUGGGCAAGAACGAUUCGCAGAGGCAGAGAAAUUAUUUCGACAAUGUUACGACGGGGAUUAAAAGGUCCGAGGAGAUACCCUGAUGACUUUACACCAACUUGGAGUCACCCUCUUCUAAUAACACCAAUACGCAGAGGCCGAGAUAGUUUUUCGAAAGACCUGGGAAGUGAGGCAAAAGGUUCUAGGCAUGGAGAACUCCAAUACCCUUCUUACCUUAUAUUGGCUUGGGGAAUCAUUGUUUGGGCAAGAACGAUUCGCAGAGGCAGAGGAAUCAUUCUAGCAAUGUUUUGACGGGGAAGAAAAGGUCCGAGAAAAGAAUGAUCCAGAUACCCUGAUCACAUUACACCAACUUGGACGCACGUUAUUCCAACAAGACAAAUACGCAGAAGCC